UCCCGGCUCCACUGGACAGUUCCGUGGUGCUGAAGCUCACUCGCGUCGUCGAAUCAUGGACGGACCCGCGUGGAAAGUCCUUCUGCUUCUCUGCCUGGCCGCCGCCGCCGGGACACGGGCGCAAGACGCGGGACAGACGCAGUUUAUUUGCACGUCAGUGCCCAAAGACGUGGACUUGUGCACGGCCUCCAUGCAGAGCAGCGGACCGGCGGAGGACCUGAAGUCGACGGUCCUGCAGCUGCGGGAGACCGUGCUGCAGCAGAAGGAGACCAUCAUCCACCAGAGAGAGACCAUCAGGGAGCUCACGUCCAAGUUGACCCGCUGUGAGAGUCAGAGCUUCCCGGCGGGACCCGGCGGGAGGCGGCCGGGCUCCAAGAACACCAUGGGGGAUUUAUCCCGGGGUACUGCGGAGACCCUGGCCCAGCUGGGACACACUUUACAGACUCUCAAACAGAGACUGGAGAACCUCGAGCACUACAGCCGGGGGAACAACAGCGUGCAGGCCAACAGCCUGAAGGAUUUGCUCCAGAACAAGAUAGACGACAUGGAGAAGCAGGUUCUGUCCCGGGUCAACACGCUGGAGGAGUCCAAGAGCGGCUCCAGGAAUGACAGCGAGCAGCGCAACCGCGUGGAGUCCACGCUCACCUCGCUGCACCACCGCAUCACAGACCUGGAGAAAGGCAAAGACAGACCGGCUGAUAAGUUCCAGCUGACCUUCCCCCUGAGAACCAACUACAUGUACGCCAAAGCCAAGAGGAGCCUGCCCGAGAUGUACUCGCUCACCGUGUGUCUGUGGAUCAAAUCCAACGCCUCGCCGGGGGUCGGAACACCUUUCUCCUACGCCGUCCCCGGGCAGGCCAACGAGCUGGUGCUGAUCGAAUGGGGGAACAACCCAAUGGAGUUCCUCAUUAACGACAAGGUUGCAAAGCUGCCGUUCCUCAUCAACGAUGGCAAAUGGCAUCACCUCUGCAUCACGUGGACGACCCGAGAUGGAAUGUGGGAGGCCUUCCAGGACGGAGUGAUGAGGGGAAACGGGGAAAAUCUGGCACCGUAUCAUCCCAUCAAACCGGAGGGGGUGCUGGUCCUUGGACAAGAGCAGGACAUACUGGGAGGAGGCUUUGAUGCAACGCAAGCUUUCGUGGGCGAACUAGCGAACUUAAACAUCUGGAACAGGAAGUUGUCCAUCACCGAAAUCUACAACUUGGCCACGUGCAACAGCAAAGCGCUGACCGGCAACGUCUUCUCUUGGACGGAGAGCAGCAUCGAAAUAUUCGGCGGAGCCACCAAAUGGUCGUUCGAGCCUUGUCGUUCAGCCAACUGAACUGAGAAGAGAUUGGCCUCUGUGCGUUUUCUGAGCUUUUGUCGUUCUCGUCUUCAUUUGAUGUUUGUUUAGAGGCCAGUGGAUCUUGACUUUAGUUGUAAAGCUUAACCUGGGAUUUUUACCAUUCCUAAGUAUUUAUGUGCCGAACAACAGAAAAAAAAAAACAUUGAGUUCAAUUGAAAGCACAAGUUCGUUCUUUGUUUUGGCUUCCUGUGUCGGGACAAGUCAUCGACCAAGCGAGGAUCAUUGUUGCUAAUUCUUGUCAAUGGUUGUUGGCGUGGGAAGAAAACCAUCCGGAUAGGCUGUCAAGCCAACCCGGAACUUGCACUGUGACGGACAAAAAAGAACGGAAGGAUCGGAUCCAUCACAAGCAACUUUCUAUUUGUCGUUUGCUUCAAAGUCUUUCUGUAAGAAUGUCGCCAACUUGUCACAAAGCCUGGGUGCCUUGGCCUGGUACAAAUAUUCAGCAAAGUCCGUGUUUAUGGCUUUCCGUUUCCUCUUUUCUUGAGCUUGGUUAAGUUGAUUGUCGCAGAUCGUCAUCCGACAUGUUUUCCGCAGGUGUUUGUACUGCUGUGUAUUAGGAAUGUUACAGUAUCUGUAUAGUAACAGCAUGAAAGACAGAGUGCUGUGAAAGCAUUGUUGAAAUCUGCUUUACUAUCUUUUCUGGGCGUGGGUUUUUUACUGCAUUGUUAUAUGCUCCAAGCAUGGCAAACCUGAGAGAUGAAGAAUUUAAUUUUUGUAAUAAAAUUGUGAUACUUUCA